AUGACCCUUCGAACUACUCCUCCUCCCCAUCUUCAACUCAAAACUACUGCACAAAGAAGAUCAAGAAUUGAACCUGAAUUGAAAUCAAAGCUGGAAGCUGAAUAUGAAAAUAAUCCAAAGCCAAACAAGGAAGAAAAACAUCGUAUAGCUCUCUUAUAUAAUAUGACCGAUGAAAAUGUACACAAUUGGUUUCAAAACAGACGCGCUAGAGCAAGUCGAGAAUUAAAAAUGAAGUCAUCACAAGGACGACAUCACGUGUACACUUCAGUGUCAUCAUCAUCAUCAUCAUCCAUGCAUUCUACUGAUAUUAUUCCUGGUACCACCAAUAUCUCUACUAUUGUUACUGCUACACCUAUUUCUACUAUUAGCGAUAGUCUUUCUUCGUCUACCACAGUCACCACUAUUCCUACUUCAUCAUCAUCUUCUUCUUCUUCUAACAUAUCAUACAUUUCACCAGAUAAUUCAAUUCAUCCGCAGCAGCAGCAAAUCCGCGUUAGUGAACACCAUCAUCUGCCUCCAAUUCAUACUCUUUGGCAUAAUGAAAUGUCUUUGGCCACUUCAUUUUCUGGUUCUGGUGAUUCUCCUCAAUAUAGUCGAACACAUACAUCAUUCAUCACUCCAUUUUAUUAUCAUCCACCUUUUGGAAUCGAAACAUCUUAUUUGAAAUGGAGUAAUGCUCCAUGA